UUAAUGCUAUGUAGCACAUGUACAGUGGCAGUUUCAGUUUGACGUGGCAACCAUUGGGAUCGACCUCAACAUUGACUAGAAUUUUGUUAUUUACCAGCCCUCGAUUAACUAAUAAGUACUUUGUGGGCUGGCUGUUGUGGGAUCCUUCUCUCUCUCUCUCUCUCGUUAAACCAAACAAUGGCGGCGUCUGGUGAUUCUGCAGCAGAAACUUCCGUUAAUGGAGAAUGCAAUAACCUCCCUUCCAUUAUGUCUUCUCUUUAUCCAAUCACACUCAAGUUUGUGGAUGUUUGCUAUAGAGUAAAGGUGGAAAGCAAAAAACCAAAAGGCAGAAGCAUAAAGAGGAUAUUUUCCAGUGGGCCGGCUUCAUCGUCCGAUGUGGAAAAUCCUGCGGAAAUGAUUCGGGAACGGACUAUUUUGAAUGGAAUUACAGGUAAGGUGGUGCCGGGGCAAAUUUUAGCCAUCCUCGGUCCGUCCGGCAGCGGCAAAUCGACACUCUUGAAUGCUCUGGCAGGCCGGCUCCACCACGGCCACGGUCUCACCGGAACAAUACUCUGUAACAACCAGAAAUUCACAAAGCCAAUUCUGGAGAAAACUGGUUUUGUACCCCAAGAUGAUGUUCUCUACCCACAUUUAACAGUCCGAGAAACACUGAUUUUCUGCUCACUUCUAAGACUGCCCAAUUCGUUAUCAAAGAAGAAAAAAAUUUCUAUAACCGAAUCAGUGAUUUCUGAACUGGGUUUAGCGAAAUGUGAAAAUACAGUGAUAGGGAACAGCUUUUUACGUGGGAUUUCUGGUGGUGAGAGAAAGAGGGUAAGUAUAGGACACGAAAUGCUGAUAAACCCAAGUUUACUGAUUCUCGACGAGCCAACAUCAGGUCUGGACUCCACAGCGGCGUUCAGGCUGGUGGUUACGUUGGCAGCGCUGGCGAAAAAGGGGAAGACGGUGGUGACGUCGGUACACCAGCCAUCGAGCCGAGUUUACCAGAUGUUUGACUCGGUGCUAGUGUUGUCUGAGGGGAAAUGCAUAUAUUUUGGAAAGGGCAAUGAGACCAUGAGUUAUUUUGAGUCUAUCGGGUUUUCGCAAUCUUUUGCCAUGAAUCCUGCUGAGUUCAUGCUUGAUCUCGCUAAUGGGGUGUGCCUGGAUGAGAAGGAGAAGCCUGAUGUGAGGCAAACCCUUUUAUCCUCGUACAAUAGUUUAUUGGCUCCAAAGGUGAAACGAGAAUGCUUGGAUGCCCCAAUUGUGGCACCAAAAGGGAUUAUCAAUGGGAAUCUCACAAUAAAAUAUUGCAGUAAUUUUUCCAUUUGGUUCAGUCAGUUCAGCAUUCUUCUACAAAGAAAUCUCAAGGAGAGAAAGCACGAAAUGUUUAAUUACUUGAGGGUUUUCCAAGUAAUUGCAGCUUCAUUAUUGGCGGGCUUUAUGUGGUGGCACUCAGAUUAUCACGAUAUUCAAGACAAUCUUGGACUUCUAUUCUUUAUUUCAAUCUUCUGGGGUGUUUUCCCAUCUUCCAGCGCUGUUUUCGCCUUCCCUCAAGAACGCGCUAUUUUCGUAAAGGAAAGGGCUUCGGGUAUGUACACGCUUUCAUCCUAUUUCAUGGCACGAAUCACCGGGGAUCUACCUAUGGAGUUGGUCCUUCCAACCUUAUUCCUCACCAUAGUUUAUUGGAUGACUGGCUUAAAACCCGAACUUCCUCACUUUCUCUUGACACUAAUGGUCGUGCUCAGUUACGUGCUUGCGUCACAAGGGCUUGGCCUCAUGCUCGGGGCGUUGAUCAUGGAUGCAAAGCAAGCUUCCACAGUUGUGACAGUUACAAUGCUAGCAUUUAUUUUGACAGGAGGGUACUAUGUGCAUAAAGUUCCACACUUAAUGUCAUGGAUUAAAUACGUUUCAACGACAUUUUAUAGCUAUAGACUUCUCAUCCAUGUCCAAUACGGAGAAGGAAACAGAAUUUCUUCAUUGCUCAACUGCACCUCCAGUGAUUACUAUAGAUCAAGCUGCAAAUUUGUUGAUGAAGACAUAAGAAUGCAAAUUCAUCCCCUGAUCAGUGUUGGUGCAUUGUUUAUUAUGUUUGUAGGGUAUAGAUUGUUGGCCUAUUUUGCUCUAAGACACAUCAGAGGUUAAAAGAUGAUGCUUCACAACAAAGAACACAAAUUCAGUCUCGUUGAUUCAUGUGGAUAUUUAAAUCGUUGGUCCGUCCCCAUCGAAAGAAGAUAACCUUACUAUGUUAGAAGAUCAAUGGAUUUGCUAGCUCCUAAUUUUUAAACAAGAUGUGAUGUGAUAGAAAAUUAAAGGAAUUGUCCAAUUCCUAUCUGUACCUGGGAUAGUAGGGAUAUAUGUUUAAAUAAUCUAAGGACAAAUUAUUAUAAGAGGAGUGAGUACUGUUAAAUGUUAAUGUUUGUCAUCACUUGCCUAAUGCUUAUACAAAAUUUUUUAAUAGAUUAGA